AUGGUUUCCAAAACUUUCAUUCUCAUGGCGGCUAUCGCCUACGUCGAGGCUCGUUUCGGUCAGGAGCAAGUGCCCAUUGCUGCCAUCCAAGCAGUCCAGGGAGGCAACCCCGGUGAGGCUGCUACCAUUGCCGGAGCUGCCAUUUCCGACCUCCUUGGUGCCGCCAGCUCUUGCGCCAAGCUCACCCGUGCUGAUGAGAUCUUCACCAAGCUCGGCGGUGGCGCCGAUGCCCUCGCUGCUGCCAUUGGCAUGGUGACUGCGGAGAAGAACACCAACCCCUCUGCCAAUGGCAACGCCCAGAACGUCUGCGGCGAUGCUUCUCUUCCUGCUACCCCUGAGCUCCGUGGUAUCACCCCUCUCAUCGACCCCGCUGUUGAUGUCGAUGGCAAGGCUGCCGCCCUCAGCCAGAGCAGUGCUACUACUCCUCUCCAGGCUGAUGGUAUGAGCGUCUUUGAUCUCAUGUCCGCCAACGGUCUUGGUGACCUUGUCCAGGCCCAGGCUGCUGCUGGUGGUGCUGCCGCUGGUGGAGCCGCUGCUACUGGUGGUGCUUCCAAGGGCAAUAAUGCUGCUGCUUCCAAGGGCAACAACGCCGCUGCUUCUGGUGACGCUGGUGCUGCUACUGGCGGUGCCGUUACUGGCGGUGCCGUUACUGGCGGUGCUGCUGCCAAUGCUACUGCCCCUGCUGCUGGUGCCGAUGCCGGUGCUGCUGCUGGCAACGGAAAUGGCAAGGCCAAGGGCAAGAAGAACAAUGGCAAUGCUGCUGCUGAUGCCGCUGCUGCCUGUGGCAACGCCCCUGCUGCUGCCGCCGGUAAUGCUGCUGCUGCCAACAAUGCUGCUGAUGCUGCUGCUGGAGCUGGAGCUGCCGAUGCCAACCAAGGUCAGGCUAAGAAGGGCAAGGCCAACGCUGGUGCUUCCAAGGGCAACAACGCUAGUAACAACAACGCCGCUGCUGGCAACAACAACGCUGCUGGUAACGACAACGCUGCUGCUGGUAACAACAACGCUGCUGGUAACGACAACGCUGCCGCUGGCAACAACAACGCUGCUGCUGGCAACAACGCCGCUGCUGGCAACAACGCCGCUGCUGGCAACAACGCCGCUGCUGGCAACGACAACGCUGCUGCUGGUGACAACAACGCUGCCGCUGGAAACAACGCUGCUGGCGCCGCAACUGGAGCCACAGACGCCACCGCAGGCGCAGCCGCCGGCGGAGACUUUGGUACCUGCACACCUACCAUCACCUUCCAAGGAGGCGAAGGCAACCGCGCCGCCACAGAAUUCACCUUCCAGAUCGCCGAUCCCGUCGCCCGCGGUGGCCAAGGCGAGGCUCUCAACCCAGACAUCAUCACCAACGCCCUCUGCAAUCAACUCACAAACGUCUGCGGCGCGUCUGCUGCCGGUGUCGCAAAAUGCGAGUCCGCUCAGGCUGCUGUCAAGGGUGGCCCUCGUAACAAGAGCACUGCUGACAAGUUUAACACUUUGAUUGGUUUCCCCGGUGCCGUUACUAACCCCGCUGGUGGUCCGGCAGAUGUUCCUGCUGCUGGUGCUGCGAAGAGGAGUAUGCGCAGGGGUGUUCGCGCUGCUUAG